AUGGAAAUUGUAAUAGCUGUGGUACAAAUGGAACAGAAAAAAGCUGAUAAGAUUAAUGGAAAUGUAUUUAAAGUGCUUCUUGUUAAUGAGCCUUGUUCAUCAUCACGACAUGAAAUUCGAAUGCAAUUACCGCAUUGUCAUGUACCGCCUAAUGGUGAUCCAACUGAAAUUGCAUUAAGUUUUGUGCAAUAUCAUUGCAGGAAAUGGCCACGUCGAACAUUUGAAGUACCAUUAUGGGAUAACGAUGAGUUAAUGUUACAAAACAGGUCACCAUAUACUGCAUCAGCACAACUUGCAUUAUAUUGCAUACCACUUAUUGAAAACGACGAUGAAUUUACGACAUUGACAAAAAUUGGCCAUUUUGAAGAACUUUCGUCAGUUUCCAAACAUUGUCAACUUGAUCCCAAUUAUUUUUCAAUGGAAACAUGUCAUUGUAUCUUACAACUUGAAAGAUGGCUUCAUGAUCAGGAAUGUAAAGAUACGGAUUUUUUGGCACGAUUUUUUCUUCUAUCAGCUGCAAAGAUACGAAUACGUGAAUGUGCGCAUAAUCCAGCAUAUGAAAAUGAGCAUUCCUCAUUAUGCCAUAAGUAUGAAACAUUUUAA